AUGAAUCGCACGCUGGUCGAGUGUGCGCGUUGCAUGAUGGAACACGCUGGACUGGGAAAGAGCUACUGGGGUGAAGCAGUGAUGACGGCGAUGUUUCUUCGAAACCGCUGUCCAACACGUGCCAUUCACCAAGACAAGUCUCCAUAUCAAGUGUGGACGAUAAAGAAACCGAUUCUGGCCAACCUUAAAGUGUUUGGAUGCCACGCGUAUGUUCAAGUGCCUCAAGACAAACGCGCGAAGUUCGACUCCAAGUCAUCACUCUGUCGUUUCCUGGGAUACGCCGAACACCAGAAGUCAUAUCGAUUUGAGGAAGUGUCAACAGGAGCGAUCAAGAUCAGUCGCGAUGCCACAUUCAUGGAAGACAAGUUUGAUGAAGGUCCGCGCAACUACAACGAUGAGUCAAGUGUCGUUGAGUUUGAUGAUCAUGAUGAGGACGAAGAAAAAGAAGAGAAGAGUAAAACUGACGACGACAUGGACUCGAGCGACGAUGACAACGAAGACACCAGGUCUUCGAAGAGCAACAUCAAGAGACACACGCGCACUCAAUCACUUGAGAAAGCUACCGUCAUUCCAAGUCCCAAGCGAAGAACAUACAGAGGUCCGUCGCUUGAGCAUGUUGGGGAAACGCCGACUACAUUCAAGUCGGCGAUGGAAUCAAGCGACUCCGGCAAGUGGAAAGAAGCGUGUGACUCGGAGUUCGAUUUGCUUCAGAGAAACGACACGUGGGAAAUCGUGCCUCUUCCGAAAGGUCGCAAGGCCAUCGGGUGCCGAUGGGUUUUUCGUGUAAAGGAGAAUCAAGAUGGCGAAGUUGAACGUUUCAAGGCAAGACUUGUGGCCAAAGGAUUCUCACAGAAAUUCGGAGUUGACUAUGAAGAAACUUUCGCACCGGUGGCCAAGUUCACAUCGAUUCGUGUGGUGCUCAGUAUGGCGGCUAAGUACGGCCUAAUGCUACAUCAGAUGGACGUCAAGACAGCGUUUCUUAACGGCUCCCUCAACGAAGACAUCUACAUGGACCAGCCGGACGGAUACCUGGAUGCAACACAGCCGGACUAUGUGUGCAAGCUAAAGAGAUCACUCUACGGCUUGAAGCAAUCGCCUCGCAUGUGGAACCAAACAAUCGAUGGGUUCAUGAUCAAGAUGGGAUUCAAGAAGUGCGAAUCGGACCACUGCAUCUACAUCAAGCGAGACGACCAAGACAUGAUUCUCGUGGUGCUCUACGUCGAUGAUCUCAUCCUGGCCAGCAGCAACAACGAACUCCUCAAGUCAACCAAGAUGGCGCUGAGCAAACGCUUCGAAAUGACGGAUCUCGGUGAGCUCGAUUACUUUCUCGGCAUGGAGAUCAAGAACGACCGUAAGACGGGAAUGGUGACUGUACAACAAACCAAGUUUCUCAAGUCCGUGUUAACCAAGUUCGGAAUGGAUAACAGCAAGCCAGUGAAGACGCCUCAAGAUCCCGGCCUGAAGCUAAGCAAGAACAUGUGUGAACAAGAAUGCAAGCACGAAGACACCAUGUGCAACGUGCCAUAUCGAAGUGCUGUCGGAGGCAUCAUGUAUCUCAUGGUCGCCACACGUCCGGAUCUAGCUGCUGCAGUGGGAUCAUUAUCCCAGUUCUCGUCCGACCAUGCCCGACUCACUGGCAAGCUUUGA